AUGGAGAAGACGCGACUAAAUAACCUAUUUCCUCUAACUCCAAGUUCCACAUUCUCGACCAAGAAGGGACGGAGUGGAUAUGAACCAUCAGACACGGAGACAGAGUGGCAAGAUACUCCACGCUAUGAACGAGGAGGAAGAAAUAACGUAACUUUGAGUCCCGAAGAAACAAGAGUUACGUCUGUAAGGAACAAAAGUCCUAUGACUCUCCACAAGAGACGCCUUUCAAGGUUUGAAUUUGAAGUCCCGUCAUCACCUUCAGUAACAGGUUCGGUUCUUAGCCAACCAAGAAGACGACACCACAGCAAGUCGCCCUAUAGGCCACGCAUAGCGCAGGAUGAUGGUAAUAACGAUGAUGAUUCUUUGUCAUAUAUAACAGGUUUGAAUUCACGUAGAAAUACAAGUCCUUUGCCAAGACCUGACUUUGGAAGAACAGUGUCUCCUUAUAACCGAACUCAUGAACAAAGAACACCUUCGAAUGAAAACAGAAAAGCAAGUUCGGGAUUUCUGGAAGUGGAUAGAGUGAGUACAAAACCAAACUACAGGAGAGCAGUGACUGCUCCAAGAUUGAGGGACCAAGAACAAACAUUGCAAAACACGAGAAUGUUGAAACAAAGGGAAAAAUCUCCUUUCAAAACAGGUCCAGUUAGAGAAAGAGAAAUCAAUGAAAUGAUAGCAGAAGUGAAGCUAUCAAAAAAUCCUACUGAUGAUUAUUCAUCAGCACUAGAAAGUACAGACUCAAUUCAAACAGGUGAUCUUUUCUUUUCUCGUGAAUGCAAUGCUUUGCAAGCGAAGAAUUCUGCAUUGCCUAAAAAAGUUCAACAAUACGGGUAUUUUAGCCCAAGACCAGUGAUUACCGACAUAAAUCCCAUUAGCAACCCCUCUGAAGUUAGGAGUAACCUCAAUAUGAAUAUGCCAAGAAAUUCAUCCAAUGUGUUGUUGUCUCGAACAACGAGGGUCACAUCAAUCAGAAAGGGAAGUGGAACUGGGAAGACUCAUACCAAUCCUAGUGUAAAAAGUGAUGCUAGUGCAAAAACAACUGACAGCAUGAGGAAAUUCACAUCCAACAGAAAAAAGAACCAGAAAGAUGCAUGGUUUGCUUGUAUGAUGAGAACAGGAAACUGUAAGAUUUCAAGAAAAUCACCUGAACGUAAGCCAAUUGACGAAGCUUCGUUGAUUGAGAGAGCAAUAAUUGUGGAAAGCAUUCCACAAUUCUGGGCAGAUAAACAUCAACCAGCUUCACUAAAUGGCUUCAUUUGCAACAAACAAGAAGCUCAACUUCUCAAGGAACUAGUAUCAUCACAGGGCUCUUGUCCUCACAUUUUACUUAAAGGACCCUCUAGUUCUGAGAAAGGAGAACUAGCAAUGGCUCUUCUUCGAGAAAUAUAUGGUGAUGCAUGUUCUAAUGACAAAAGGACUAUGAAAGUAUCGGUUCCAAUCACGUCCAGCUCUCAUCACAUGGAGCUCAAUGUAAAUUCAGAACCAAAUGCCAAAUAUGCUUUGAUGGGAUUAAUCAAAGAAAUUAGCAAUAUAUAUGCAAUUACCCCUGAAGUAAGCAAUGCGAAUUUCAAAUCAGAUUAUAAAGUAAUAAUUCUUUACGAGGUCGACAAAGCUGUAGAGAACAUCCAACACUUGAUCAAAUGGAUCAUAGACCGUUAUUCAGAUAUAUGCAAAUUAGUUCUCUGCUGUGAAGAUGAUGAAAACAUAAUUGCACCUGUGAAAACCCGGUUCAAAGUUAUCAAUGUUGAUGCUCCUCAAACUCAUGAAAUUAUUGAGGCUCUUACUCAGAUAGCAAAUAAAGAGGAAAUUGAUCUAUCCAUGAAUUUUGCUAUGAAGAUUGCUACAAAAUCUAAGCAGAACCUCAGGGAAGCAAUCUUGGCUCUUGAAACAUGCAGAGCACACAACUAUCCAUUUUCAGAAGAACAACCAAUUCCUGUUGGAUGGGAGAAGAUUGUAAUAGAAGUUUCUGUAGAGAUCCUAACUGAUCCAUCAUUUUCACGCUUACUCUCAAUACGAGGGAAAUUUCAAAUGCUUCUCCUGGAUUUUGUCCACCCCAGAUUGAUCCUCCUGAAACUUGUGGAGCAGCUCCUAAGAAAAACUGACGCUGGCUUAAAAAGGGAGCUCUACUACUGGCAUGCUUAUUAUGUGAGUAAUGACUUCUCCUCCUAUAAUUUGUCUUAA